AGGCUUAUUAUUUAUUUGCGCUGUCUAUAUUACAAUGUGUGCACAUUUUGCAUCCUGCCUUUUUUUCAUUUAAAAAUAUCAUACGCGUAUUUUCAGAUUAUCAUAUAAGCUUCUAAAUUAUACACUUAAAAAUAAUUGCAUAAUAAUUCAUUGAGUGAAUCAACAUUAUUUGCAUAGCUCAAUAUCCGGCACCUAGAGGACAUUUGAAAAAUAUUUGUUGUAUGAAUUAAUGGAUUGAUGGAUGAAUGCAUUUCCCUAUUAUGUCUAUUAUGCCCUUCUACCCCAGGAAAUUUAGUUAAGGAUAAAGAUUUUCAAAGGGAAUGUAACACUAAGUAAUUAAGUGGCAGAGUAGGCAGGUCAAAGAAAAGGGACAGGGCAGAACUGCUAACUUAGUUACUAAAUCAAUUUUUUAAAGAAUUCUGACCUCUGUAUUUCCUCUUCUCUUUUUUCCCAAAAGAGUAGAUGCUUUGGUCCACCUGGAGCUUUUUCAUAGCUAUUAAUAUCCCCAUUUUACAGGUGAGGAAACUAAGCUUCAGAGAGAUUAAAUAACCCUCCCAAGAUUACAUGGCUAGAACAUAGCAGAAUUGAGCUUCCAAUCUAGGUUUGUGAGUUUCUGUAGCUUUGUUCCUUUAUUACAUUAUACCUCUUGAGAAAAAGGCAACAAAGAAGGACGGCUGUCAUGGGUUUGUACCUCAUGUAGAGCUGCCCUGGAAGCAGCUCUAAAUUUCAGUUUCCGAGGACUCUGGGAUUGGACCAAGCAGGCAGAUUUUGUGCCAUGAGGGAGCCCAAAAAAAGCUCAUUCAGUUGGAAAAAAAAGGAACCCAUUGAGGCCAUUUCAAAAGCUGGUGCUGGAUAAGCUCAUGGGAAGAGGUAAGGCUGAGAUUUCAAUAUCCAGGGCCUGAAACUGGACAUUUCUAGAUGUUAGGCUUGUUUGGCUUGGAUGACUAAGUAUUCGUAAAGAAGAAAUCGGUAAAAGAGCAGGUCUGGUGAGUGUUUGUUGUCUGUGAUUGCUUUUAGAAAACAGAGAAAAUCAAAAUGAUUUAGAAGUUGGUACAAAGGCAGAGAGGUACCAUUUUUCCCAGAAAGGAAGGAAAACGAGUGGAGGGCCUUUAAACUCUGAAGAUAGCUCUGCUUUGCUAAGAAUUGUACAGCAAAGUACAGGCAAUUUUUCCAUUUUAUGCACCCCUUUUGCCGCAUUAAUACUAAUAUCAGUGGUUAGCAAAGCAAAUAUAAUAACUGCUCUCCCCAGUGGACCCAGUGAUUGAGGCUUCCACUCCUCUGGCCUGCAAUCGAACAGUUGGAAGGAGAUUUUCCAUAUUUCUUUCUACCUCCUCACUAGCAUUUUGAUCAACAGAGCCCCAUUCUCCCAGUGGAGAAAAACAAGGCACAGAGUCACGUCUGUGGAGCUACCACUGGCGAAUUGGGAGAGAAAUUAAUUUGGGCCCCUGGGCUUGAAGUAAAAAGGAAAUUUCGUUUAGAAGCUCUUCCUGCCUAAUGUGGUCCAUCUCUGGUGGCUGCUUCUACCCCAGGAUUUGGGGGGCAGGGCUGUUUUUACCACCACCAGAGGCCCCAAACACUGAACCCAUUAUGGCACGUGCUUCCAUAUGUAUUUAAAACGUAAAAAUACAAAGCCAUAAAAGAAGUGUAAGAAAAUCCAACACAGUACCACCCUCCAUUGAAAUAUCAAAUAUCAAAUUCUUUCUAAAAAUAAAUGUGGGUCCCCCUCCCAUAUCAGUGCCCAGUGGAAUCUGUAAGUCGGCAGCAACUGGGGGGCACCCCACGUUUAUACAUACUUGACACUGGGUUCUUUUAUCUCAGUUGAUGAUCAACCCCCUCAGUACAAAGGUUCCCAGGCAGGAGAGCAUCUCCCUCUUCGCUGCGGAAUUCGCAGGAGAAGGGAAGUAAGAUUACUCUCAGAUAUGGGACUUCUUGGGGGAGGCGGCAAAAUCGUUUUUCCUGCUCACAUUCUUGGUCCUCUAGAACGGACCAGUGAUUUAAAUCAGACUUGGAGCUACUCGGGGCUGAGGUGAUGCCUGCCCUAAGAGAGGGGUUAAGGGUGGGGGUGGGAGGGUCCCCAAGGGCUGAGACAGUAUCUCCCCUUUAGAUUCAGGGAUCCCGGGGAACACACUGCUUCCCGCUUAGACUAGGCCUCUUGAGGGCUGAGAUAACGCUCCGCUAAAUCGUGGAGUUUUCUAGAGCCUGGGAUACUGUCUCGCCCUCAGAUCUGAGGCUCCCUGGGACAGGUGCGCUACCUCGCCUUCAAAUUCCAGCCUUUGGGGACAGGCCUGCUUUUAUGUGCCCGAUCAAGGGCUCCUGGGGUGGGGCUGGGGGACAAGGACCUUCCCUCCCUCUCAGAUUUGGGGCUCACCAGGGCUGAGAUGGCGUCUCCCCUCAGACUCUGGGCUCCCUGGGGGUAGGGGCAGGGUCCCGCCCUCAGAAUCAGCUUCCCAGGACAGGAGCUGUGUCUCUCUGCCUCCCUUCGCGUGGGGCAAGGGGCUGCGGGACCAGCGGCCUCUCUUCUGGCAGGAGGGGGGGUUCCCCGGAGGCCCUGCCCCCUUCGUGACAUGCUCGAGGUGUCCGGUGACCGAGACACUCUUAGCUGGGUGCAGGGUGCGGCUCAGGGCGUGGUCACCGGGGGCUACUUAGGGCCGCCGGUGCGGGGGACGACGCAAAGGUUAACUGCGAGCUGCCGGGCACUCAGCGCGGGUCAUGGCGUGGAUACUGGACUGCCUUUUCGCCUCGGCCUUUGAGCCCCGCCCCCGCCGUGUGAGUGUCUUGGGAGGAGCCCCAGGACACAACCCCGACCGCAGGACGAAGAUGGUAUCGAUACACAGCCUCUCCGAGCUGGAGCGUCUGAAGCUGCAAGAGACUGCUUACCACGAACUCGUGGCCAGACAUUUCCUCUCCGAAUUCAAACCUGACAGAGCUCUGCCUAUUGACCGUCCGAACACCUUGGAUAAGUGGUUUCUGAUUUUGAGAGGACAGCAGAGGGCUGUAUCACACAAGACAUUUGGCAUUAGCCUGGAAGAGGUCCUGGUGAACGAGUUUACCCGCCGCAAGCAUCUUGAACUGACAGCCAGGAUGCAGGUUGAAGAAGCCACCGGUCAGGCUGCGGGCCGUCGUCGGGGAAACGUGGUGCGAAGGGUGUUUGGCCGCAUCCGGCGCUUUUUCAGUCGCAGGCGGAAUGAGCCCACCUUGCCCCGGGAGUUCACUCGCCGUGGGCGUCGAGGUGCAGUGUCUGUGGAUAGUCUGGCUGAGCUGGAAGACGGAGCCCUGCUGCUGCAGACCCUGCAGCUUUCAAAAAUUUCCUUUCCAAUUGGCCAACGACUUCUGGGAUCCAAAAGGAAGAUGAGUCUCAAUCCGAUUGCGAAACAAAUCCCCCAGGUUGUUGAGGCUUGCUGCCAAUUCAUUGAAAAACAUGGCUUAAGCGCAGUGGGGAUUUUUACCCUUGAAUACUCCGUGCAGCGAGUGCGUCAGCUCCGUGAAGAAUUUGAUCAAGGUCUGGAUGUAGUGCUGGAUGACAAUCAGAAUGUGCAUGAUGUGGCUGCACUCCUCAAGGAGUUUUUCCGUGACAUGAAGGAUUCUCUGCUGCCAGAUGAUCUGUACAUGUCAUUCCUCCUGACAGCAACUUUAAAGCCCCAGGAUCAGCUUUCUGCCCUGCAGUUGCUGGUCUACCUGAUGCCACCCUGCCACAGUGAUACCCUGGAGCGUCUGCUGAAGGCCCUGCAUAAAAUCACUGAGAACUGCGAGGACUCAAUUGGCAUUGAUGGACAGUUGGUCCCAGGCAACCGUAUGACUUCCACUAACUUGGCCUUGGUGUUUGGAUCUGCUCUCCUGAAAAAAGGAAAGUUUGGCAAGAGAGAGUCCAGGAAAACAAAGCUGGGGAUUGAUCACUAUGUUGCUUCUGUCAAUGUGGUCCGUGCCAUGAUUGAUAACUGGGAUGUCCUCUUCCAGGUGCCUCCCCAUAUUCAGAGGCAGGUUGCUAAGCGCGUGUGGAAGUCCAGCCCGGAAGCACUUGAUUUUAUCAGACGCAGGAACUUGAGGAAGAUCCAGAGUGCACGCAUAAAGAUGGAAGAGGAUGCACUACUUUCUGAUCCAGUGGAAACCUCUGCUGAAGCCCGGGCUGCUGUCCUUGCUCAAAGCAAGCCUUUUGAUGAAGGUUCCUCUGAGGAGCCAGCUGUGCCUCCCGGCACUGCCCGUUCCCAUGACGAUGAGGAAGGAGCGGGUAACCCUUCCAUUCCGGAGCAAGACCGCCCAUUGCUCCGUGUGCCCCGGGAGAAGGAGGCCAAAACUGGCGUCAGCUACUUCUUUCCUUAGAUGUUUUUCCUUCUAUAAGGUGCCAGACAGGGGAAAAGGGUGGGGGUACAUCUGGGAUGUCACAGGAAACAUUAAGGAGAGAGUUGAAGGUAAAGAUCUGAAGGUAAGAAGGAGUUCCACCUGAUGCUCGGGUCAGGAUGAGAAUUCCAAACACACUGCCAGCCCCUUCACUGGGGAUGCUUGGUCUCUUCUGCUGGUAAAAGCAGCGAUGUUUCUGUGUCAUGCCCAAGCUCCCCGGUGCUACCUUGCCUUUCUCUUUUACCCCUGAUCUUGGCUUUCUCUCUCUCUCUGCAGACUUUCCUUUAAUUGAUGUGACAUUUGUGGUAAACACCUUUCCCAGGGAACCUCACAAAUCUUGAGAUGCUUUCCCUUCCCCAAAUGGGAUUGCAUGAUUUCCCUGACUUUCCUACCCUCCUCCAGAGAGCUCAGUUGGAAAGGCCCUCAAGAGGCAUGCUAGAACGUUAGGUCAGCCUACUGACAGCUGACAAACAAUUAAUGCGAAAUCAUGUCACACCAACCCAUAGCCGUGUCCACGCAGCAACUCCACCACCUUAGGAUUUCCCCCUCCAAAUUAUUCAGACCAAUGGCUUGCCAAAUGGCCUCUCCCAAAAUUCUGUACAGUUUUGCUCAGGUCACGCCAACAGGGAAACCUCAAGUGUAGAUCUAAUUAGUGUUUCUGGGAUCCAAAGUUAGAGGAAAAAUUAGAUUUUAUUGCCUGGAUCUGCUUUAAAGACAAUUGGUGUUUACACCCUCUUGUCAGCAAAACAGCUAGUUAGGUAAGGACAUAUAGUUCCAAGUAGGUAAAGUCACUUGAUUACAAAUGUUCUUAACUAUCGUCUCUGUAAUUCCUUUAUACAGGACAGUACAAAAUUGUGGGACAUGCUCUGGUAACACACAGAUAUGGGUUGCAUAUGAUCCAGAAUUACAGCUGAUAUUAUGGAUAACAACUGCUAAGGUCCAUAAAAUGAAGACUGUAUUGUAUUGAGGGAUAGAAAUUGAUCAUUUAAUGGGUAACAACUGCUGAGCUCAAAGAUUUGUGAUUGUUAAAACUUCUCUGGCAUUUAAUCAUUAAUAAACAUCUGUAUUGUGACAGCAGCAUA